AUGCUCACUGCAAAUUCUUCCAAGUUUGUUCAGACUCUAUUGUUGUACCUAACCUUGGGUGCCUUACUUAUUCAAUAUGCAACAUCUUUGACAAUUAGCCAAUUGCCCGGGGAUGUACAUAAUCGUCUCUCCAAACGAGCUGACGAUGUGUACUCUCUCGGAGUUGGCAAAGCAGACAUCACGGGCCCUGUAGUCGAGUUGAACCUAAUGGGAUACGCCGAGCUAUCCCAGACAGGAACUGGCUUGCGUCAAAGGCUCUACUCGCGUGCCUUUAUUAUCGGAAACCCAGCUAAACCUGAUGAAAGAUUUGUUUACCUGGUUCUUGAUGCCCAGUCCGGUGACACGGCCGUUCGAAGAGGCAUUCUUGAGGGGAUUGCAGCUCUUGGAUCUGACUACGCUGUCUACACAUCUGAUAACGUGGCUAUUACUGGAACGCACUCUCAUGCUGGCCCAGCAGGCUGGAACAACUAUCUCAUGCCUCAAAUAUCCGCUUUGGGUAUGAACCAGCAGUCUUACCAAGCUAUCGUCGAUGGCGCGGUUCUAUCAAUCAAGAGAGCGCACGAGAAACUCUCCAAAGGUCGUCUCAGCGUCGGCAAGAUACGCAUAGACGAUGUCAGCAUCAACAGAAGUCUGUAUGCCUAUCAGCAGAACCCGGCAUCCGAGAGGCAGAAAUACAAGGAUGAGGUUGACAAAGAGUUAACUAUGCUUAUGUUUACUCGAGAACAAGACAAGAAGGUCACUGGAGUUUUGACCUGGCACUCGGUCCAUGGUACAAGCCUUCACAUGAACAACACUCUUGUCUCGGGUGACAAUAAAGGCGUCAGCGCAUAUCUGCUCGAAAAGGCUGUCCAGGGCACUGAAGGAGCUGCGGAUGAUUUCGUCGCGGGAUUCUCACAGGCUGCUGUUGCAGAUACAACUCCCAAUGUUGAAGGUGCCUGGUGCGAAGAUGGUUCAGGAAAGCAAUGCGAUUUCAAGGAUUCAACAUGCGGUGGUAAAACAGAAACCUGCCACGGUCGAGGCCCCUUUUGGGGAUUAGAUGACGGUGGUACUAAAUCUUGCUGGGAGAUUGGUCGAAGAGUCUUUGAUCAAGCGAUUAAACUCUAUGAUCAGAUGAAAGAUGGGAGUGGCGAUGCGGUGUCCGGAAACAGUGUUUUGGGUUACCACUCAUUCCACGACAUGUCCGACUACACUUUCACACUCCCUAAUGGAAAGUCAGCCAAGACAUGCUCAGCAGCAUUUGGCUACUCAUUUGCAGCUGGAACAACUGAUGGUCCUGGAUACUUUGACUUCAAGCAGGGAGACUCUGGAUCACCAGAUGCUAGCCCACUUUGGGCCAUAGUAUCCAAGUUUCUACGCAAUCCUACCAAAGAGCAAGUCGCAUGCCAGUCACCAAAGCCAAUUCUUAUUGACGCCGGCGAGAUCACUUUGCCUUAUGCUUGGGCUCCCAAUAUCGUUGACGUUCAAAUGUUGCGUGUUGGUAACUUCUUCAUCAUCGUUUCUGCACCUGAACUCACAACCAUGUCUUCACGACGCUGGCGUGAGAGUAUCAGUAACGAGAUUGAAGGUAGAGGCGGCCUUGGAAAUGGAGUCAAGCCUGUGGUUGUAGCUGGUGGGCCCGGUAAUACCUACGCCCAUUAUGUUACGACGCCCGAAGAGUAUGAUGCACAGCGCUAUGAAGGUGCAUCUACAGUCCACGGAAGACACAGUCUCGAUGCUUACAUCAACUUAACCUCGACGUAUCUUGGUUAUCUCCUCGGGGAAGACGGUGCUAAGAAGCCUCCAACAGGUCCAGCGGCCCCAGAUAACCGCAAGAACUCGCUCUCUCUCGUCACCGGUGUUGUCUACGAUAACCCCAAGUCCGGUACUAAAUUCGGUGACAUCGUCAAGGAUGUAGCCAAGUCAAAGUUCAACAUUGGAGAGACCAUCACUGCUACAUUCGUGGGUGCCAAUCCACGUAACAACUUGCACCUCGAAUCUACCUAUGCAGCCGUUGAGAAAAAGGACGGCACCAAGUGGACUCAAGUUCGAUCGGAUGAGGAUUGGGAUCUUGUCUUUGAAUGGAAGAGACUUGAUGGUCUCCUUGGAUCUAGUGAAGUUCAGAUUUCUUGGGAAACAGGUUGGAAGGAUGCUAAAGAUGUUCAAGCUGGAACUUACAGAUUAAGUUAUACUGGAGACAGCAAGCAGCCUCUCACUGGACGCAUUGUUGGGUUUACUGGAAAGAGUGGUGAAUUUGAAAUUGCCUAG